AUGCCGAGCAAGUGCGUCGGGAUCGUCCGCGAGGCGUACAGCAGAUGGGAGCGCCGGGUCCCCCUCACGCCCGCGCACGUCAGCGAGUUAGUGCAGCAGGGCGUGCACGUGCUCGUGCAGCCGUCGACGGCGCGCGUGUUCGCGGACGAGCAGUACGCGCGCGCGGGCGCGACGUUGACGGACGACCUCACAGCGGCCAACGUGAUCGUCGGCGUCAAGCAGGUGCUCGAGCCCGCGCUCUUGGCCGACAAGACGUACCUUUUCUUUAGUCACACGAUCAAGGCCCAGCCCGAGAACAUGGCGUUACUGGACGCCGUGUUGCACAAGCGCAUUACGCUCGUUGACUACGAGUGCAUCACUGAGCAGCCGAGUGGCAAGCGCUUGAUUGCGUUCGGAGCUAAUGCAGGUCGCGCGGGCAUGAUGGCCGGCUUUCGAGGCCUUGGCGAGCGUCUCAUUAAUAUGGGCAUCUCCUCGCCGUUUGUCAAUGUCGCGUCGGCGUACAUGUACGCAGAUUUGGCGCAGGCCAAAGAUGCGGUAGCAGCGGCAGGCAGGAGCAUUCAGACGGACGGUCUGCCACGGGCACUGGCGCCCAUGACGUUUGUGUUUACAGGCAAUGGAAACGUGUCGAGAGGAGCACAAGAGAUCUUUCAGCUCAUGCCUCAUGAAAUGGUGCACCCGUCUGAGCUAUCGAGUUUGCCCAUGAAUAAUCGCGUUUUAUACGGCACCGUAAUCGACGAUCCGUCGUUUCUGGUAAAGUCGAGAUUGGAGCUUCCGGGAACGCCUUUGCGCGCACAUUAUUACCAGAACCCGCACCAGUACGAGGCAGUAUUUCACGAAAAGGUGCUACCGUACACUUCGAUGCUGGUGAACUGCAUGUACUGGGACGACCGGUUUCCGCGCUUGAUCACGCGGGAACAGAUGCGGAAACUAAGAAGCUCUGGAAAUCAAAAGCUGCUUGGUAUUGCUGAUAUCUCGUGCGAUAUUGGCGGCAGCGUCGAGUUCUUGGAUCGUGCCACAGAGAUUGAGCGCCCUUUUGCUCUGUACGACGUCGAAGAAGGAAAAAUGCGCGACGAUGGAGAUUGCCGCGGGCUUGAAGGCGACAAUGGCAUUAUGAUGAUGGGAGUUGACAUCUUACCAAGCGAGCUUGCGCGCGAGUCGAGUCAGCAAUUUGGUGAUUUAUUGGUGAAAUACGUCAGCACGCUUUCGAGCAUCUCCACAUCUGAUGUUCCGCUGCAUGAACGAAAGGAGUUGCCGACUGAGUUGCGUGGUGCUUGUAUUGCGAGCAAAGGUAAGCUGACAUCCAAGUACGAGUACAUACACCGUAUGCGUGCUGAGCGUGAGCGCAGCAAGCAGUUCAAGUUCUUGGACGCCCGACAAGCGGUUGCCGGUAGUACAUGCAUUUUGCUGGAAGGCCACCUUUUCGACACUGGGCUCAUCAACCAGGUGCUCAAUCUCAUUGAGGGCCAUGAUGGUGGGUUCCACCUUGUGAACUGUGAUGUACGUCCAAAGAUUGAGGCUGGUGGCAACGGCGACGGCGUCGUUUCGAACGCGAUCGUUCAAAUUAGCAUGGCAGACCGCGAUGCUCUCGAAGGCGUUAUCAAGAAGAUCCGCUCCCUUGCUGAGCUCACAACAGGAGCCAAGGCUACCGUCACUGAACUGCCUGACUUGUGUGGAACGAACUUUUCGAAAACGCGCGGUGCGGUUGUAAGAAAGGAUUCGGCAGCAAACACGACAAGUGACGUUUCGGUCUCAAGUCCGAAAAAGCGAUCGGUCGUGUGCUUCGGGGCUGGAUUGGUAGCUUCGCCGCUCGUCGAGUACUUAUCGCGCGAUGAAGGAAACGAGGUGCAUGUGGUGUCGGGCGUCGAAAGCGAAGUGAAGGAAAUGGUGCGCAAAAUCACCCGGCAAAACGUUAAGCCUCAUGUCGUUAAUGUGGCAGAAGAUGCUGCCGGUGUCGACAAACUCUGUGCCGGAGCUGAUUGCGUCGUUUCAUUGUUGCCAGCGACUAUGCACACGAACAUCGCCCAGCACUGUAUUCAUCAUGCAACACCUCUCGUGACUGCUAGUUAUAUAUCGCCCGAAAUGAAGGAAUUGGACACAAAGGCGAAGAAGGCCGGUAUUCCGAUUCUUUGCGAAAUUGGUCUCGACCCCGGUUUGGACCACAUGAGCGCCAUGAAGGUCAUCGACGAAGUGAAGGCGCGCUCGGGCAAGAUCGUGUCUUUCUCGUCCGUGUGUGGCGGACUGCCAGCACCGGAAGCAGCGGAUAACGCCAUUGGUUACAAGUUCAGCUGGAGCCCUCGCGGCGUAUUAACAGCGGCUUUGAAUGCAGCUCGAUACUACAAAGACGGAAAAGUCAUUGCGGUGGCCGGUGAAGAGUUGCUCAAUUGUAGCGAGCGCGUAUCGUUCUUGCCAGCGUUCAAUCUUGAGCAAAUACCGAACCGCAACUCACUUCCGUACGGUAAAAUCUACGGCAUCCCGGACGCGCACUCGUUGUAUCGUGGUACCUUACGCUACGGCGGUUGCUGCGAAAUUCUGUACCAGCUACGAAAGCUGGGACUGUUUGACGUGGACUCUUCAAAAUUCAUCCCAGACACUUGGUCAGAACUUCUGACACAGCUAGGCGGAGCUCAAGGACUCCGUAGAGACGCCCACGAGUUUCUACAGUGGCUUGGUGCCUGUGAUCACGCGACACCUGUGGUGAAAGCGCCUUCAAUUCUUGAUGCCUUCUGUGCGCUACUGCAGAACAAGUUGUCGUAUCUACCCGGAGAACGUGAUAUGGCCAUCAUGCACCAUGAGUUCGGCAUCGAGUACGACGACGGCAAAAUGGAAAAGCGCACAUCGACGUUCGUGGGCUACGGAUCUGAGAAGGGCGACACGGUUAUGGCUAAAACCGUUGGCCUGAGUGCGGCUAUCGGUGUACAGCUCAUCUUGCAAGACGCAGUUCGGGGCCGUGGUGUACUCACACCGACGACCCCUGAUAUCUAUGUCCCAGCGCUCGCGCGACUCGAAGUCGAAGGCGUGCGAUUCGUUGAGAAGUCAUUUUCGCAGCACUAA